UUACAACAGACAGUCGCAAGACCCGCGGUGGCUCAAGCGGACAACUAGUUUUCGGUGAGACAGCUGUGCUGCAGCAAUAUAUUUAGGUUUAUGCAUCAGUCGGGUCCUGCAGGGCUCUCAGGCCUGUGCCGAGUCACCGACCAUCUUUACCUGAGUAACGGCAGAGCGGCUAAUGACCCCUCCCAGCUGACUCGGGGCCAGAUAACCUGCAUCGUGAACGUUACUGAGACCAAAAGCAGCUGCCCUCCUCCUCCCGGGGUGGAGGAGUACAUCCACAUCCCCGUCUCUGACUCCCCGGUGUCUCCUCUCCGGGAUCACUUCGACCAGGUUGCAGAUAAAGUCCAGCACACGGCAGAGCGCGGUGGCCGCACGCUGGUGCACUGCAACGCCGGGGUGAGCCGCUCCGCCGCCCUGUGCAUGGCCUACCUGCUGAAGCACCGCGGUGUGACUCUCCUGGAGGCCCACGGGUGGGUGAAGACCUGUCGACCCAUGGUGAGGCCCAAUAACGGCUUCUGGGAGCAGCUCAUCGGCUAUGAGAUGGAGCUUCGGGGGUGCAACUCUGUCCGAAUGGUUCCCUCCUCCAUGGGACAGAUACCAGACAUUUAUGAGGAGGAGGCCAAGAAUAUGAUGCCACUGUGAGGAAGUCACUGCACUGCUUUAAAGGGAUGUAUGGGCAUUUACUGUGUGACAUACAGUGAUAACAUGCUGCAGGCUUCAUGUGCUUCUACUCCACACACACUUUAUCUCAGCUAUAAUGUCUGGUUUCAGAUAAAGGUUUACACCUACAUAAAAAUAACAUCAGUCUAUGAAAUACAAUGCAUUGUGAAACAUUAAACCAGUGGUUACUAACCUUUUUUAUAGCUUGUGGCCCCUUAGAAAAACAGCAGUGUCACAUUUCUGUGGCUCCUAUGAGUUCAGUUAUUUCUGUUCUAGGUAUCUCAGAUGGUUUCAAAGAGGUACAGUUAUACAGUAUUUCACAAUAAAGCACAGAGCAGAGCAAAGUUUUUAUAAUAAAUGCGUAUUUAUUCUUCUUUCCAGCCUUAAUCAUCUCACAACAAGGGAUGGGAUGAUAUGAUAUCGCGAUAAACACUUUUUAAAAUAAUAAUUGUGACUUGGAAAAAGCUGUCUAGCUCGCUAAUGCACAGUCCUAUAUUGAUUUCGAAUUUCCACAAGCUUGAGCCCAAUCUUUACAGUCAUUCCAAAAUCCUAAGCCCAUCACCGUGGCUAAAGGCUGAGCUGGUCCACAGCAUCCCCCACCAAUACUAUUCCAAACCGAACAACAGGGAGGUGAGGUGUCCUAAAAUGAAGGACAAUGUGAUUCCAGUAUGUGUAAGUGGCACUUUAAGAGUUUAAAAGUAUAUUUUGAUAUCUAUAAAUGUUAUAUCUAAUAAGCCAUGUUUGCCAUUUGUCUGCAUAAUGAGAACUUUUACUUUUAUAUAUUUUGGGUUCAUUCUGCUGAUACUACUUUGUAGAAUUGUGAAUGCAGGACUUUUUGGUACUUUAAAUAAUCUGAGUAUAUUACCUCUACCAGUGGUUAUAAGCUUGUAUAUGACGGGCCCUGAAUCACUACAGUAGCUGUAACAGUGAAAGCAGUCAAUCCAACAUGUUUGAGGCUAGAAAGUAGAAAAAGCUUUUAUUUUAGAAUCUGAACUCAAUUGGUUUAGUACACACACACAUUUGUGCGAUCACACAUUUUAAGGACAGCAGGAUGCUUAUAACAUGAAAUAAAUAUCUGAUAGUUAUUUAGCUAUAAAAACAUACUAAUUCCAUGCUGAUGUCACUCCUUACAUUUUUUAACUAAUUCUUUUGCUUAUGUCACUCGUGAAAAGAACAAUGUGUUGUAAACUAGUUUGCCUAUAAAAAGCUGACUUAUCUUUGCAGAUUUCACAAUAAAAAUAAAUAUUUGAACAUAA